ACCAAUUUCACAUUGUUAUCUAUCAUUCUAUGUACUCGAUCGGUGAACAUUAGAAUAUAUGAGUUUAACAUUUUAUAAUUAGGCAACAUUAGGUACUAAACGAGUAAAAUCCUAGAGGAUACGUGUGAAUCACAACACUCACAUCAUGGACAAUGUUGAUUUGUAGCUUUCAGGAACAGAUUCUUGGGUAAGCCUCGAUAAUGAUGGAAAUUCACAAACACGUAUAAAUACCAGUGCUUUCCACAGGAUUUUUGUCAAGCGCCCCGGGGCUAAUAGGGGUGGUUCGGGAGGGGUGUCCCCUCCUGACGUUGAUUUACAUUUCACCCGCAGAGACAAAACGCUGAAAUGGACCACUCCAUAAACAAAACAAUAAAAUAUAGGGAUCGUGAACAUGCCGGUGAAGACCCUUCUCUGUACAGUGCAUAUGCGAAACAGUCACUGGGCUCAUUAUCAGAUGCCGAAUAUAAUGAUUAUAGGGUGCUGCAUUCAGAUUCAAAAGUAUUUCUCAAGGAUAUUGGCCAUGUCAACGAACUGAUGCAUAAUAAAGAGGCUGGAAGGAACGUGCAUUAUAAUGGAGAAGAACUUAACGAACAAAGCAUGUAUACAACAAAACCAAGUAUGAACUUGCGAAUCGAAGCGAAUGACUAUUCAUCAUAUGGUCCUAUUGCAUUCUGUGUACCCAAGCUGGAACGCUCAGCAAAUCAGACGCAAGUAUACCCAUCUAAAAUGCCAAUCGUUAACUUUUCAAGAACAUUUCUAAGCCCAAUCGUAUGCACUGUAAGACCAUUCAAAAUACCAGAAGAGCCAUUGUCAUGUACAGUCGAACCUGACUGUGAUCCAAUAGUUCAAAAGUCAUCGUGUUGUAGCGUCGAAGGCUUGCACCACUCAACGACUAGAAAAACACAGUCAAAUGAUUAUGUAGAAAAAGAUGCUCUCUUUUGUACUGCAAAUGGUCUUCACUCAACGAAUAAAUGUGAGAAAGCAGGAUGGUCAGCACUAAAAGGGGAGGUUUUACACGAAAGCUUAACAACACAAAUGUCGGGAAUAAGAAUUGAAAGCUCAAUCAAAGAGAGACCAAUAAAUGUCCACACAACUGUAGAAACUGCUGAAAAUGAUGCGCACAUAAGAGCUGAACAAAGUGAGAUUACGGCUAGAGAAAAUGUCUUCCAGACAAUGGUGUCUUGUGAGCCUGUUUCCGUAGACAUUGGAAGAAAUGAGGAAGAAAUGCAGACUUACGCAACAGAUUAUUUAUAUAUCAGCAAGAAGGACAUAGUCAUAAUACAUUCAGAGGACGAUAUAGUGAGAGCUGCUAACUUUAAAGAAUCAAUUGAGAAACUUUGCGACAACAAACUAAUUCCUGGUGUGACAGUUGAUUUGCAGCAGCAUAUAGAUGCAGGCAUGCAAGCCAUAGGUAGUCUUGACACUCUACAUGACAGAUAUAGGUGCAUUCUGGUUUUUGUAACCGAUGCCUUUCAAUUAGACGCGUACAAGAAGUUUCACAGCGAAUGUUUACUUGUAUUCGGGUUGGAUGCAGGAGGAGACAAACUCAACCGAGUGGUGCCGGUGUGGGUGGAUGCCACACGGAGAACUUGCAAAAUACCGUACCUUAAAACGUUGAACGGCAUCGCCUACACAGGUAAAACGAGUAACUUCUUCGAAGAACUUAUGUUAAAAACUGUAAAGCACUUUCGGGAAAUGAUUAAAUAACUCGACAAGUGCAUUGAACAGUAGAUCUAUGGAUGGCUAUAGAAACGCAAGUGCCGCAGUUAAAUAGCGGGAAGUCAGAAUAUACCGACAUUCCAAGGGUACAACAGUCGCCUUUAGACUGAUGUAAAUAUGACGUUAAUAAUCGGAUUUUGGUCCCUACACUAAAACAAAUAAUUGUAGAAGUAUUAACAGAAGGGGUAGUACUGAAAUUUGAUAUAUUGGAAACCUGUUAUUUUGAAAUCCAUUUUAAAGUUAGUAUCUGAGUAUAAAUAACAGAGACUAUUUAUUACUUUUGACUUCAACGUGUGCAAUUUUGCACGGAGAAUACAAGUACAUGUAUAUGGUCUGUGACAUAUUGUCUCAUGACGAUUAACAUGUUUUCCAACAUCCAUUUGAGGGAACAAUAGAGCGGAAAUGACGCGAAAAAUAUGAUUUGGAAAUGCCCGUUUUUGUAUUAGACGCUGAACGUGACGCAUGGACGUGACAUAUAUAUAUAUAUAUAUAUAUAUAUAUAUAUAUAUAUAUAUAUAUAUAUAUAUAUAUAUAUAUAUAUAUAUAAUACCACGUGAAAAUUCGUGCGGAUCCGUGUUCAUGCUAACACACAGGCGGCAUAAGCCAGGGGUUGCAAGUACCUCAACUGCUUAACCCUAAACUUCUUACUUGUCUUUCGCAUCAGACGUUAAUCUGAACUGGUCAGAGCUCCACUAAGUGCUUCAAAAGUGCAUUAGUUAUCUCCAGAAGACGUUUCUCAUAAAUCAUAUAUAUGGACAAUAACGAGAAAAUACUGUGCACAUGAUAAACUUGUAGAACACGCAUUUUUGCUCUUCUUGACGUGGCAAAUUUAUGCAAAUAACACGUGAAAUCAAAAGCUUGGACGUUCAAUGUUGUUUUGACCGUCAGUAGUGUUCUCAAAAUAUACAGGCAAUUCAGGGAGUCUUAAUAAAUUAUGUUUAUGGAUAUAUAUGAAAUAUUUGUUUAUACUAUUUUGUACAUGUAAAAUUCGUCAACAUUGUUGUUUUAAACAUGUAUAUUCAAGGACUAUGCCUAUGCUUGCCAGAUCGUGUUUAUUUGACUUUCGUGUCAAUUGUCCAUGAUUGAUGCCAUAUUGACAUGUGAUUUGAGAAUAUUUUAUUAAACAUAUAUAUAUAUAUUGAAUGACGACCUUGAUUGUGUGUUAAUAGACUGAUUUAUUAUGAAUAAACACUAUUUUUGAAUUGUUACAUCAAUUGAAUGUGUUGCAUUGUAUCUUUCAUAUUUAUACAUGUACACAUUUGACGUCCAAUUACUUUAAGUUUUAGGGCAAUUAAAUAACCAAACUACUUAGACAGUACAAUAAAUAUGCCUACUGUGUGAUUUGAUCAGCUACAUUGUGAUUUCAUCAGCUACAGUAUGAUUUGAUCAGCUACAAUGUGAUUUCAUCAGCUUCAAUGUGAUUUCAUCAGCUACAGUGAUUUGAUCAGCUAUAGUGGGAUUUGAUCAGCUUGAGUGGGAUUUGAUCAGCUACAAUGUGAUUUGAUCAGCUAAAAUGUGAUUUGAUCAGCUACAGUGUGAUUAGAUCAGCUACAGUAAGAUUUGAUUAGCUACAGUUGACUUUGAUCAGCUACAAUGUGAUUUGAUCAGCUUCAAUGUGAUUUGAUCAGCUACAGUGAUUUGAUCAGAUAUAGUAGGAUUUGAUCAGCUUGAGUGGGAUUUGAUCAGCUACAAUGAGAUUUGAUCAGCUACAGUGUGAUUAUAUAAGCAACAGUGUGAUUUGAUCAGAUCUGUAUUGUGUUGUGAUCGUGAAUAUGACCAUUCAUCAGUCUGUAAGGUGAAAUCUAUUGAUCACUGAUGCAUUCAGCACUUCAUUGGUAUGUGACUCAACACAUUAGAAUGUAAAUAAUCUAAUUGAUUAUUCUUUAUUCAAAUAACAAAUUAAUUUCUACAUGUAUGUUAAUGAAAAUUACAUUAGAUGUAAAUCACUUUGCAUUUUUUAGCUUAUAUCAGACAUUUCAGAAUUUCUUACACUUUAUCUAUUUCUUAUUUAAGUAUAUUCUUGGUACUGUCACUUUCACACAACAUCACAAUUGAUAAUUAUACUAGUAUUAGCAGUGAAUGUUCGUGUACUGUAAACAGUACUAAAACACACAUUUCUUAUGACCAUUCAAGACACAUCAUACUGACAUUGAAUGCAAUCCAGUCUGAUAUGGAAACACUAUCUUUUGAAAUGUCUUUUACAAUCAGAGCAACCUAUCAAUGCCCUAUGUCGGGUAGGACUUAUAUCAAUGCUUUACAUUUCAAAAGAAUGUCUGGUUGUGUCUCAUGUGCAUAAUUUUGCACUUUUAAGCUCCCUGCAAUAUACCAUGAGCGAGCUGGCUGCCUGAACAGUCAACUGGCUCAAGCACAAAUAUAAUGGUUAUAACUUUAAACCACCGGCAGUGGAAUAAAAAAAUUGCUUGUAUCGCCAAAAUAAUGCAUUUUAAUAUUCUUGAACGAUACAAACAUUGGCUUCAGCUUGCAAAAUCAGGCCAUGGAAGGAAAUUCAGCGCUGCUGGAUGCUUGAUCUGCUCACACUUCAAUGCCAAUGUGUUCCUUCUUUUCCCAGUACAUGUCCUUUUUCAACGUCAGACAGGGCUUGCUGUCUGGUUGAUCGCUGAACGCAACACUCCAUUAUUAUAAUUUCAGCCUUGCUCUCUUUUCACAGACCAAAAGCCUGCAAGGCCUGCACUGGUCAAUUAUGAACCAAGGUUGCUCAGAUAAUCCGCUUCAUAUUAGAGGCUUAUACCAUUUUCUUGGUCUCAAGUCAUGGCAUAAUUCACACUUUACUAAUCAAAAUGCUAAUUUUGAUACAACUUA